GAAAACGCCACAACGAAGCAAAAGAAAGCAAAGAACCGUAGUUCGUGUCAAUCUCUCCGUCGGUCUUGUCGUGUUUGGAGGAGCCAUUGCGCUGUGUCUGGCAUUCGGGUCGCGGAAUUAUGAUUUUUUAUAGUGAUUUUCCAGCUGGAAAAGUGCACAUAAUGUAGCGGAAGCUACUUGAAAAUGUUAGUGGAACUCGGAAGUUUUUUUCAACAAUAACAACAACUACUACAAUCGGUUUUGCCAGUGUGAAUCAAGUAAAACAGCACGACAGUUGCGGUGGCAUUUCCCUACAGCAGUGGAAGAAGUAAAAGUGAGUGUAACGCGAUUCUUAUUGAUUUUCGCGAAUGUUUUCCCUCUGGUUUGCAAAAGUCCGUGGCUGACGACGGAGGAGCUGAGGUUUCUUUUUGUUCGUUUCGACUUUUCCCUUAGCCCGUCUGCCCGUGGCUGGGAAAGCGAUAGUCCAGUUCCCAGCGAAGAAGAAGCCUCUAAGUGGAGAGGUAAGAAGAGCCACUUGGAAGGCGAAAGAAGAGUGGCGAGAAGAAUCCGGUUCUUCACAUAAGCAUAAGAAUACAUACAUACAUACGUGCAUGGGUGCUGUUCUUGGUGGGAAAUAGAUGUGUAGUGUAGAAGAAGCUAAAGUGCGAAUAAUAGUUUUUACGAAGACGACGACGACGAGGAGACCGCCGACAACCGGAUCACGGAUGUUGGGUCUCUGAGAAGAAAGGAAGUGAAAACAAACGACCUCGAAGAUUGAUCGUGUUGUGCUUGAGAAGAAGAAUAAACAAAAGAAGAUUGCUACACGAUAGAGAUCAGGAAAGUGGAUCGCCCGAACGACAAUGUUUAAAUGCAUCCCGAUCUUCAAGGGCUGCAACCGCCAGAUCGAGUAUGUGGACAAGCGGCACUGUUCGCUGCCAAAUGUGCCGGAGGAGAUCCUCCGGUACUCCCGAUCGCUCGAGGAACUGCUGCUCGAUGCCAACCACAUACGGGACCUGCCCAAGAACUUCUUUCGGCUGCAUCGGCUGCGGAAGCUCGGUCUCAGUGACAAUGAGAUUAUAAAACUACCCUCGGACAUUCAGAACUUUGAAAAUCUGGUCGAGUUGGACGUCUCACGAAAUGAUAUCGUUGACAUUCCGGAUGACAUCAAACACCUGCGCAGCCUGCAGAUCGUGGACUUCAGCUCGAACCCGAUCCACCGGCUACCGGCGGGGUUCUCGCAGCUGCGGAGUCUGACCAUUCUGGGGCUGAACGAUAUGUCGCUGACCUCGCUGCCGCAGGAUUUUGGAUGUCUAUCGAAGCUGGAAUCGUUGGAGUUGCGUGAGAAUUUGCUCAAGCACCUGCCGGAAUCGAUUAGUCAGUUGACGAACCUGGAACGGUUGGAUCUGGGUGAUAAUGAAAUCGAAGAGCUUCCGGCGCACUUGGGCUACCUUCCGGCCCUGCAGGAACUGUGGCUCGAUCACAACCAGCUGCAGAAGCUGCCACCUGAGAUCGGAUUACUAACAAACUUAGUAUGCCUGGACGUCUCAGAGAAUCGAUUGGAAGAACUGCCCGAGGAGAUAGGUGGUCUGGAGAAUCUAACCGAUCUUCACCUGUCGCAGAACUUGCUGGAAGUCCUUCCGGAUGGCAUUUCCAAACUGACCAAGCUGACGAUCCUCAAGCUGGAUCAGAACCGGUUGCACACGCUAAACGAAAACAUCGGCCAGUGUGUCAACAUGCAGGAACUCAUCCUGACCGAAAAUUUCCUAAACGAGCUGCCUUACACCAUCGGCAAUAUGACGAUGCUGAACAAUCUGAACGUGGAUCGAAACUCGCUCAUUUCCGUGCCGAACGAGUUGGGAAAUUGCAAAAAUUUGGGCGUGCUGAGCUUACGCGAGAACAAACUCACCAAACUGCCGGCGGAGCUGGGAAAUUGCCUGGAACUGCACGUCCUGGAUGUGUCCGGUAAUCGGCUUCAGUAUUUGCCGUACUCGUUGGUGAACCUGCAGCUGAAAGCCGUUUGGCUGUCGGAGAAUCAGGCUCAGCCACUGCUUACAUUCCAACCGGACAUCGAUGAAGUGACCGGUGAUCAGGUGUUGACUUGCUUCCUACUUCCCCAGCAGGAGUACGUCCCGGCCAGCCCGGAAAAUAGGGAAGACACCGAUUCGGAAGACUGGGAAGAACGGGAAGCAUCCCGAACGCAUUCGGUCAAAUUCAGCGAAGAUUCCAACGUAGACAAGGACACUCCAUUCGUGCGUCAAAACACACCCCACCCGAAGGAAUUGAAACUGAAGGCGCACAAACUGUUUGCCAAGGAGAAGCGACCGGACGACGUGAGUGGUGGCAAUUUAGAUACCCUAUCGGAGGAAUCGUCAUCCAAGCCAUCGCUCGUCAAAACCGGAGCAAUGGCCACGAUGGACGACAUUCAAGGGGUGGUGGCCAACGAACCGAUCACCGAGGAAGAUGCCAACAAGGAGAACGAAGAUUUCGGCGACAACUUCGAGAAGCGGGUCGGAUUCGACGUGAACGAGGAAGAAGACCGGUACUAUUCGGAGGAAAAUGAGGAUUCCCAUGAGAAGAAGCCCAUUUCCAAGCUGCAUCGAAGAGACACACCGCAUCAUCUGAAAAACAAACGCGUCCAUCACAGCGUCUCGGACAAGAACAGCAGCCUGGUGCUGAGUUCGUUGAAGCUGAAGGAAUCGCUUCCGCCGCCGCCGAAGCUGGACGAACAACCAGCCCUGGAAGCGGCCAGCAAUACUAGCAGCAGCAGCGAGCCCCAACAGACGGCGGCGGUUGCGGCGACGGCCUCGGCGCCAUCAGCCGAAGGAAGCGAUGCCCUGGACGCUUUCACCGAGCUCAAGGAGGAACGGUCGGAAAUUCACAUCGAACGCACAUCCGCCGGGCUGGGGUUGAGCAUAGCGGGCGGUAAGGGUUCCACACCGUUCAAGGGCGACGACGAGGGGAUUUUCAUAUCCCGUGUCACCGAGGGUGGUCCGGCCGAUCUGGCCGGGCUGAAGGUGGGCGAUAAGGUACUCAAAGUAAAUGGUGUCUCGGUGGUGGAUGCUGACCACUACGACGCAGUGGAGGUGCUAAAAGCCUGUGGUUCGGUGCUGGUACUCUUCAUAUCCCGGGAGGUGACACGUCUAAUUGGUCAUCCGGUGUUUGAUGAGAGUGGUUCGGUAGCGCAAAUCAAUGUUGUCGAACAGCAGCAGCAGCAUCAGCAACAGAAGAUGAUUCCUCCCCCGAUUACAGUGGCCGUCGAGCAGCCACUCAUGGAAGGCAUAGCAGGAGGAGGAGGAGGAGGAGGCGGCGGUGACGGUGGGGGUAUCAGUGAAGCGUUGCAUUCCUCGUAUAACACCGUUGGACUGCCAAACGGGAAUGCCGGUACGCCGAUGCCGACGACGGUUGGUUUGCUGAACGGAAAUGAAAUCACCCACAAGGUUAUCCUGCACACGACGCUCAUCCGGGACCAGAUCGGACAGGGGCUCGGGUUCAGUAUAGCCGGUGGUAAGGGACAUGCACCGUUCAAGGACGGUUCGGAGGGAAUCUACAUUUCCCGGAUAACGGAGGCCGGGGUGGCCCACAAGGACGGGAAGAUCCUGGUGGGCGAUCGCGUGCUAGCGAUCAACGGAGUGGACAUUACCAACGCCCACCAUGACUACGCGGUGCAACUGUUGACCGAUCAUCAGCGGUUCGUACGAUUGGUGGUUCAACGGGAGGUGAAAGGUCCAUUGGAGCCACCGACCAGCCCUAGGAGUCCCAUGCUGAAGAAUUUGAAUCCCAGCGGGUACAUGGCCAAUCGACCAGCUUAUUCCGGCUAUCGUCGUUCCAUUGACGAAACUCCGGAGGCGCAUCAUCCCGCGGGUGAAGUCCCAGUUCAGCAAGCCACCCCUCAACCCGAAGUGCAACAGCAGCAGCAGCAGCAGCACACCACGGUGACCCACAAGCAAUCAUCUACAUCACAAGAACAAAAGCAAAUACAGCAAGACUCAUUUGCACAACCAUCAUCACAUUUAUCGCAACAGCCGCACAUUCACACCCAGCCGGCAAGCGUGGAACAGCAUCAGUUGAAGUCCUCAUCGCAACCGCAGCAACCUCCAUUACCUGCCCCUCGCAAAGUAUUAUCGCCCCAGACGUCCGUAAAUAACGGCAAUGGUAGUAGCCCUAACAACAACAACAUCAACAACAACAACAACGUCAUCAGCAACACAAACGGUAGUAGUAGCACUCAUACCAGCAACAUCAACAGCAUCAACAACAACUAUCAGCAACCGACGGAGACGGAUGCAACAGUAAUCAAUGGUACAAGCAAUAACAGUAGUAUUGUAGCAAAGACAAACAGUGAGGAUUCGCAGGGACCGCUGCGGCCCAUGACCAGCGCCGAUUUCCAGGCGAUGAUCCCGUCGCACUUCAUCAGCGGAGGAGGAGGCCGCCAGGUGGUGCAGGUGGACAAGUCCGCCGGGGGUGCGCCCCACCAGGACACGGUGACGGUGACAGUGCAGAAGGCCGUCCCGGAUAUGCCCAUGCUGCCGCCAGCGCCCACCGAGCUCGGUACCGUCACCGAGACGAUCACAAAGUCGACCUUUACUGAGACGGUAAUGACUAGGGUUACUGACAAUCGGUUAUUGGAACCACUAAUCAGUGAGGAGGUAGUCCUUCCCAAGGAUCAGGGUUCCCUCGGUUUCAGCAUCAUCGGCGGUACGGAUCAUUCGUGCACGCCAUUCGGGGCCCACGAGCCCGGUAUCUUUAUCUCACAUAUCGUUCCCGGUGGCAUUGCGGCCUUGUCCGGUAAGCUGCGGAUGGGUGACCGUAUCCUCAAGGUCAACGGUACGGACGUUACGAGUGCAACGCAUCAGGAAGCGGUCAUGGAACUGCUGAGGCCGUGCGACGAGAUCAAACUGACGGUUCAGCACGAUCCGCUGCCCGCCGGGUUCCAGGAGGUGGAAAUCGUCAAGCAGGAAGGCGAACGGCUCGGCAUGCAUAUCAAGGGCGGUCUGAAUGGGCAGCGGGGUAAUCCGGUGGAUCAGGCCGACGAGGGUGUGUUCAUAUCGAAAAUCAACAGCUCCGGAGCGGCGAAGCGGGACGGCCGGUUACGGGUCGGCCAGCGGAUCUUGGAGGUCAACGGUAUCUCGCUGCUCGGAGCCACCCAUCAGGAGGCGGUGAAUUCGCUCCGUGCCUCCGGUCACGCGCUGCACUUGGUUGUCUGUAAGGGCUACGAGAAGGGUGAUUUACAGAACCAGACAAUCGGUGGUACCGGUGGUAUGGGUACUGGAAUAAGCAAUAACGGUCAUAGCACUAGGAUAGGAUCUCGAGCUUCAGAAACUGGCUCCGAGUUGAGUCAGAGCGUAUCGAGCUUAGAUAGGGACGAUUCAAUCAUUGCUGCCGAACCCCUGCGUAAGGUUAGUGUAGAUAGGGUACCGGACCAGAGGGACACGUUUGCGGCGGAUGUGGCGCCUGUAGCUAUUCCGCAGCAAGCACAACCCCCAACGCAACCUCCCACGACGACGGUAGCGACGGUUAGCCCUCAAACGUUGAGUAGGGUUGCGGCUCCGAAUGCGGAUUCCCAAGCUCUGGUUAGUGCACGGGCAAAGAGCACCCCGGAAAAGGUCUUGGACAUUGUCCGGGCGGCAGAAUCCCUCGCACUGGGUGGCAAUUUCAUGGAGAAUGGUCCACCCAAGUCACCAACGGAGCCCCCGACGGCAGAAACCCUCCAGAAGACCACCACCAUCGUGAUGUCGAAGCACACCCUGGACACGCAGGCUCCACAGGUCGACCGCCGAUAUGGAAAUAUCCGGCCAUUGUUGCAUGCAAACGAUCCUUCUAAAACCCCAAUAACCUCCUCCACUAGUACUACCAAUACCGCUACUUCUACUACCACCCCCACCAACACCAAUGCCACCAUCAUUAGUUCUUCUACCUCGGCGGCCGCUGCCGGUACUAACAUCAAAUCGACGACGCCACUUCCGGCUACGAAGAGCUACAUUCCGGUUUACUCGCCGAGUUCGUACGGUCUCCCGUUCGGAUCGAAGGAACCGUCACCGGAGAAACCCCCGGUUCCGACGAGUCGGUCAACGACUCCCACAACCGGUCAUCGGAAGUCGGUCAGUUUCGACCUGGACGACACGGAGUGUGAACAUCGGAAAGCCAUGGCCGCCAAUGCCGAACGGGAAGCCCAGAUACGGCAGUGGAAAGACGCGAACAACAAUGCCGGGGUGGGUCAGUUGAAGGGUAUUUUAAGAAGCGGGAGUCCGACGGCUUCCAGUCGAAGUCGAAGCACAACUCCGGAAGAGGAAAGGGAACAACGAGCAAGAUUGCGUUAUGUGAGGGGGGACGAUCAGGUUGAGAGAGAAAGCCAGGAAGAUGAAAGUGAGACUGAGGAUGAUGAGAGUGAAACGGAGGAGGAAACAGAGGAAGAACAGGGCAGCGAGAUUGAACGAGCGAAUCCAUUUAGAAAGGAGUUUCUGAGGGAAGAUAGGAAUGCGAAUAGGGAAAGUUCGCCAAGGCGAUCGCCACCGCCUCGACCGCCGAAAUCGUAUUUGAAGAAGGCGGAGAUUGUACGGAACGAAGGGCUAAGGAAUAUGGCGGACGAGUGGGGCCGAGGAGAUUUCAUUGAAUAUGAACACGAUCCUCAAACCAAUACCGUUCGGGAAGUGAGAAGUUCGACGCAUAGUUUGGUGAGUCGUAGCACGGAACGGUUACCGGACUACGAGAAAAUUGAGUUGAUAGCGGCCAAAUUCGACGUGCUGCCAUCGACGAAGCGAGCGGAGUUUGUUCAUGAGAAUUCCACUAAGAAUGCGUUGGUCCCCGAAGAAACCCAUCGACAGGUAUUAUUGGAAGAGAAUAGAAUGCGAAACGAGAUGUUGUCUCGAUCAACCAACCCGUUCCUAGACUCUGGCUACGACCAGGAGUCCCAACAUUCCGUCUCCCCUGUGCCACACCCACAUUCACCAAUGCAUUGGUCCGGUUCGACUGGUCAGCUGCAUCCACAGAUUUACCCACCGAUGCAAGUAUUCCCCGUACACUAUUCGAAGCUUCCUACUCCUCAGCACACGAUGUACACCUACACCCCCCAAUCUCCGAUGCACCAUCAGCAACAACCUCAACAGCCCUACGGCAUGCCAAGUUACAACUACAUGUCUCCUCCGCCAGCGCCAAAAACACCGAAGAGUGUCUCCGACAAGAAGCGGUUCUUCGAGAAUGCGAUGGAAGACCAGACCAAGCAGACGCCCAAGCCUGAAAAAGUAUUCUCAUUCCUGUCGCAAGACGAAGUCGAAAAGCUGAAGCAGGAAGAGGAGCGCAAAAUGGCCACCCUCGGUCGGCGGCGGUACCAGGAACGGGCCUACGAACCGGAAGACGAUUACGGUUCCGGCGACGAGGAGCAGGAGAUUCGCGAACGCUACGCGAAAGCCGACGAGAACGAUAACGACAUGAGACCCGACAUCAUUAACAAUUCCCCACCGACGACGACGACGACGACGACGAGCAUCACAACCAACGUCGGCACAUCACCCAUCAUCGCAACCCAUCCGACGACGAUCGUUCACGAGGAGCACCAGCACCUGGAAAGGACGCCGGUGUUGGGACGUCCCCCCGGGUUGGUGGUUGGCCAAGGUUCAUCGCCGAAAACGACUCCGAUCAGUCGAAUCCCCAUCCGAACGGCCAAUGCAGAAAAACGGGCCCGCGCCAACGAUAUGCUUCCACCGGAGUACGACGAAACGAAGCUGAGUCCCUCGGAAAUUCGAGCCUUAAGGGCGCAAAAACGAGCUGCUUGGCGACAAGCACGUCUCAAAUCGCUGGAAAACGAUGCCCUGCAAGCGCAAAUCAUGAUCCAAACCAUGAACGCAGCCACCGUGCAAGAAGACGCUUCCGGUAAUCCAACCGUACUGCAUCUCCGAUCGGACCACCACGAUCAUCACCACCAUCGUCACUAUCCGACCAUUGCGGAGCACACCGUCAGCAGUAGUGAUGAACAGUAUCCACCAAUUUCCCGAAAGCCGAUUCGUUUCCCCCGGAUAGCGGUCAAGUCGAAGGCAACCGGGCAGGAACGGGUCGUCCGCGAGACGGAGACGGUCCUCGGGGAGAAGGUGAUCCAGCAGCGCACGGAAGAGCUUCCCGGCGGGGGCCUGCGGACGAUCGAAUACGUGGAAAAAGUCAUCGAGACGGAGGUGGAAACCAUGCGCGAGAAAAUCAUCAUGCUCGAACUGGAAGAACCCUCGUCGGGAAGCAGCAACGAACGGCAACAGCAACCCGCUCAGCAGCAACUGCAGUCUCCUGACUACGAUGAUGCAACGGAAGCGGCGGAUGUUUCCUUGGAGGACGACGAUGACGACCACCCCGACGGGGUUCCCGCUCCUCAGCACCCCCACGAGGACGACGAUUGCGAUAGUGAUCCGGAACCGGAGGAAGUCAACCCGCUGCAGACGAUUGUGGAGGUGGUCAACCCUGCCGUCAGCGGCGGAGACGGACAGAUCAACGAUAUCAUCAUCGGACGGUACAACGAUGACUGUGCGGAUGAUUCGUUCGCGUCUGCCUCGUCACCGUCGACGUACGGGACACGUUUUUCGUACGAGGAAGGUCGGUACGAAUCGAUCAACGACAAGAUGAAGAACGUACUGCGGGAGCUGAAACAGAACGAGAAGGUGAGACUGAAUCUUUCCAAGAGCAUGACUGAGGAAGAGCUGGCGGAACAGGACGAGGAUGAGGAGGACGAUGAGGUACAUGAGUAUCAGCUUCAUCAGGAGGAGCAUCAGCAAGGAGUACAUCCGGAGGACGAAGAGGAUGAAGAGUUCCGCCACUACGAGGAGAAAACCGGUGCAAUCGGGACGGUGUUUAUGGUGCGGGAGCGCUUGAUCAAUGAUUUCUACACGCAUCAAACCGAGUUGGCAGAAGAACAAAAUCAGGGGCAGCAGCAGCAGCAGCAACACCAACGGCUGGACUAUUACGAUGGGUGUGAAGUGAUACAGAAUCCUGCGGCGCAAGCUUUCGAAGAGGAGCUCGAAAAGAUGCACAGUCUGAGCAAACUGCAGAAGAUGACCCUGCAUGACGAGAAGCUGAAGGCCGUGUUCUGCGACGACGAAGAUGAUGAGGAGGACGAAGAAGUGGCAGGCAGUUCGCUCGGUGAGGUAAGUGGUGGAGAACGGAAGAACAACGGUGCAAGUCAGGAGAAACCGAGUGGCAUUCCCAUUGCUGGUACCAAUGGAAAUGGCGGGUCGAAGAGGAAAAAACGAAAGGGCAAAAAGAAGAAGUAAGGGGUAGGUGCCUAUAGUAGGUAGAGGAAGAGUCCCAUCCGUCCUAGAUCACAAAACUGAAAUCGCGAAGCGAUUGAUGCUCGAAACAGAGAGAGAGGUUAGUUUGUUUUUUCUUUAUUAUUUAAGAACUGAACUAAACGACGACGUUUGUUUUUAACUAUGUGUCUUCUCGUAGGAGAAAGAGCGACGGUAUUUUAAUCGCGAAAUGAGCACUAUUCCAUUAUCAUUAUUCCCUUAUUAGUUUGGAUUUUUUUAUCAGUCGAUAGCGUUUGAGUGAGGCGACAAUAAUAAGCAAUUUAUUUGAUUGGUUGAAUAAACUUGAACGUAAUAGGAUGGAUGCUAUGAUAACAUUAUAUUUAUUUAUCGCUACGCAGUUAAAUCAAACGCAAUUCCUUAACUUUCCGAUGAUUGUUUGCAAUUUUUUCUAAGUAGGGAUAGUCGAACUCGAAUAAUUAAAUCGAAAGCAGCAUACAAACAAUCGCGAGUGUACUGCAUUGGAAUAAGCAUUACUAUCGGAUAGUGCUUAUCUGCUGCAGCAGCAACCGUAAGCGUAAGUUCAACUAGACUUAGUAUACACUAUGAAUAGUAUAUAUUUACCGUUUCCUCGGUCUAUGAAGGAAUGGUCGAAUCGAUCGAUAAUAGACAACUUAAUUGAA